AAUUCUGAAAAUAGGUUUCAUGUGCCUACCCCCUGGGCAAUGCCCACAACUCAGCCAUUUGAAUGCACCUCCUCAAUGUGCCCAGCAUGCACACCCAUUUGAAAACGUGGCUCCAUAGCAGGGUGGAGCAUGGGCAAUGACUUGUCAACUUUGUGCCAGUCUUUCCUUGUUUAAUUGCAACCCGAUUUUCAGCAAGUUGUGAGUCAGAAUUGGUUUGAAGAGUUUGUACCAUCGCUAAUUUAGCUGGGAUUCUUGUAUGAAGAAAAGAUUAACCCUAACAUGCUGAUACCAUGGGAUUUAAAGCAGUAUCUUAGUGAGCCAGACAAGGGAUUAAUUUGUUAAUUCACCAGCACACAUUAGCAGAGUGUUUCCCCCCUAUUUUUAUAGUUAACAUGCUUUACGUCAAUUUGUUUUGUCACUGUGAUGAGUCCUCUCCUUGAUUAGCAGUGCUGCCAAUUAUUUUUAUGGGAAAAAUCUGCUUCUAGUGCCUGUCUCUAUGUUGCACACAAAAGAAAAAGCAACCGUUCCCAUGCUUUCUGCAAGCUUCGUACAGGGAGCUCUGCAUGUUCCACAGAGCAGCUGCAAAACCGUAUUGGUGCAGAUUUACAGCUUUGUCUUUACAGGGCUUGAAACUAAGAAUGUGUGAAAAGGGUCCUGAUUAGAUAUUGUAUUUUGCAGCAUCUGACAAAGACAAUAGAUGGAUAUUCCUGGUCUUUAGAGACUUGCUUGUGAUUAGACAUUUCUUGCUUGUGAUUAGACAUUCCAAAGCUUGCCUGUUCAGCAUUUUGUGAUCCAGAGGGUGUUCAAGACACAUCUUGCAGUAUGCGUGCAUUGAUUUAAAACCAGCAAGCAGAUGCAAGCCCGCAUCAAGACGGAGUGGAUGUUGCUGCUUGUGGUUAAUCAUGAAGGUACAGCUUUAUGUUUCUGAAAGCAUUUGACUAGAUGGAUGAUUUUGUCUAAGCAAUAGAUAUUAUUGCAAAGGAAGAUUUGAAAAUCAAGUUGUCUGCUCUCUUGUUUGCUUUACUAAGUUCAGUGCUUAUAUGUUUACUUGUAUCCCAGGGAUACCAUACUGUUCUCCUCUACCUGCACCAUCAACCACUGCUGCUUCUACUACUUUCAGUCAUCUUUUGAGUCCAGAUUUGAAGACUCGUUUAACAGCAUUUGGGACUAAAAUCUCCAGCCAUUCAGUGUCCUAUAGCCCUGUUCUCAGAGUCUGAGAAGGUUUGAGUACUCUCUAAGAUUUGGAUUGUGAAUAAAGAUUUAUUGCGGGAGCCAUGCAAGUUUCCAUAGCUUGUACAGAACAUAACUUGAAGAAUCGAAAUGGUGAAGACAGGCUUAUCAGCAAACAGAACACCACUACCCCAAACGUAGUGAAUGCAGCCCGGGCAAAAUUCCGGACGGUGGCUAUUAUUGCUCGCAGUUUGGGGACAUUUACCCCUCAGCACCAUAUCUCUUUAAAAGAAUCAACUGCAAAGCAGACUGGCAUGAAAUAUAGAAAUCUUGGGAAAUCUGGACUAAGAGUUUCAUGCCUGGGCCUUGGGACAUGGGUCACAUUUGGAGGUCAAAUUUCAGAUGACGUUGCUGAACAACUAAUGACAAUUGCUUACGAGAGUGGAGUAAAUCUGUUUGAUACAGCGGAGGUGUACGCAGCUGGAAAGGCUGAGGUGAUUCUGGGAAGCAUAGUCGAAAAGAAGGGCUGGAGGAGGUCCAGUCUGGUCAUAACAACAAAACUCUACUGGGGUGGAAAAGCUGAAACAGAAAGGGGGCUUUCAAGAAAACACAUCAUUGAAGGAUUAAAGGCUUCUCUCCAGAGACUACAGCUUGAGUAUGUGGAUGUUGUCUUUGCAAAUCGACCAGACAAUAAUACCCCAAUGGAAGAAAUUGUCCGAGCAAUGACACAUGUGAUAAACCAGGGGAUGGCAAUGUACUGGGGAACCUCACGCUGGAGUGCUAUGGAGAUCAUGGAAGCCUAUUCUGUAGCAAGACAGUUUAAUAUGAUUCCACCAGUAUGUGAGCAGGCUGAAUAUCAUCUUUUCCAGCGAGAGAAAGUGGAGGUUCAACUGCCAGAAUUAUACCACAAAAUAGGAGUUGGAGCAAUGACAUGGUCUCCACUUGCCUGUGGGAUUAUCUCCGGGAAAUAUGGAAAUGGGGUUCCUGAAAGCUCCAGGGCUUCACUGAAGUGCUACCAGUGGCUAAAGGAAAAAAUUGUAAGUGAAGAAGGAAGAAAACAGCAAAUAAAGCUGAAAGACCUUUCCCCAAUUGCAGAUCGUCUUGGAUGCACACUACCUCAGCUAGCAGUUGCAUGGUGCCUGCGAAAUGAAGGUGUGAGUUCUGUUCUUCUAGGAUCUUCCAAUCCAGAGCAACUGAUAGAAAAUCUUGGAGCUAUUCAGGUUCUUCCCAAGAUGACAUCACACAUUGUAAGUGAAAUAGAUAACAUUCUAGGGAAUAAGCCCAUCAGCAAGAAGGACUACAGAUCAUAAUGCAAUGCAUGGUUACAUAGGACUGCAUGGUUAAAAUAGUGCUCUGUAUAUAGUACAGUACUGAAUUAAUAUCCAGUCAUUAGACUCAUGCAGCAGCUUACUGCUCAGUCUCUAUUGUUACUGGAUUUUUCGAGGUGUGUGCUGUUGCUACCAAUCUGAAGUAAAAUUCAAAAGCACAGUUGAUCUCUCUUACAACUGAGAAUAUUCUUUGUAUAUUCUUAUCUCUGACUAAAGUCAUUGACUCUUACUUUUCUCUUAGCACCUCAUGCUUAUGCAGUGAAAUACACAUAUCAAGCAAAAAAAACAACCACCACAAAAACUAUUUAUAUCCUUUAGGUACUUGGUAAUUAAAGAAGGAUGUACAGAUAUAUUUUUUCAAUGAACAAAAACAAAAAACUUACCGUUUUAGUAAAAAUGCAUUCUAAGAAAUUUCAACUAGAUCAUAGAAUGAGUGAGUUCAAAAUUUUCAAAUGCAAUUUUUAUAUAGGCUUUAGGCUGUAGCUGAAAAAGGACCUUACAGUAAAAAGUCAGAAAAUUAAUUACUACAUCGUUCUACUUCUAAAUAGUCCAGUUAAGAAUUUUGCAUAUUGAGUAUGCUCAGCUGUUCAUUAUAUAAUUCACAGUUGGUGUAAAAUAUCAGAAAACCAGAUAUUUGUUUAGGUGAAAAGGUUACAUUUGCUCUGACUGUAUCCUGGAAAUCAGCCAUAAGUAGUAUUUUUAAACAAUGAGUUUUGUGAAAGUGUUUAAUCCUUACACAGGGAACACUGGUACAUUUAUCAGUUAUUCUGCCCAUUUUAAGAACAGCUUCAUAAAUAUAGUAACCUCACUUUGCUUUGUAAAAUGCAUUUACUAUAACUUCAGUAAGUGUAUUUCACACAUGUAUUGCAUACAUAUACACUUCCUAAAGAGUAUGGUUAGGUACAGUACAUAUAAGAUCCUUGUAUACCAUUUUCCUAACUUCAUACACAGGAGAGUUGCACACAUUUUUCAGAUAACAGAACAUAGAUACUGAUAUUUUUUAAGUUAAAAUGUUUUUCUUCUAUUUCAUCCAAUGAUCUAUGGUGUGUGUAAAUGAACUUAGCUGCUGUAUAUUAGAACCACAAUCUAACUUCUGCUUGUACACAAUAAAAGCAUUUUGUGCAUCUAACCUUAUAACGAGAACAUCUAUUACAAUCAAUUAUUUUGUUUUUAGGACAAGAAAAUGCAUAUAUUACGCUCAGCAGCAAGGUGAAAAUAGUUUUGCAAGAUCCAUAAAAAUAUUAAAUGAGAUUUUCCAUUGAAAUGAAAGAGAUGUAAAUGUUUUCUUGGGCCCAUGAAGAUCUUACUACUUUUUCAGUGAUCAGCCGCCCAAAAGAGGGCGCAUGGAGCAGAAAAAAGCUAUUAUUGUUAGAUGAGGGGGACAUCCCAUACAGUAUGUUUCACCCACAGCUUUUUACUGAUCAGUGCUGUAUGCUUAAAAUGUUUAAUGCAUAGUUUAAGACACAUUUAAAUAAAUCAGUGCAGUUUCUUGGCUUCUUAACUCUUGUGUGAAGUGGAAGGGCUUCAGGAGUUAGUAUACGUUACAAAGGUGAAAAAGUGAAAUGCACUUUUUUGCAGGGUACUGCCUGAACUAUUCCCUUAUUUAUGUGACGGUCCCUUUUCUCUUUUAGGACACAUUCCUUGUUUCCCCCUCAGUCAUACAGAAAUCCUGCACUCUCUCUGUGUAAGCCAAAAUUAAGAAUUCUUGCCUGUUACAGAGAUUAAUGUAAUAAAUACUCAUUAAAAAGGGAGAUGGCACUGUCCAUUAUUCAGAGA